AUGGCUUCAGAAUCCAGCCCGCCUGAAGGCACCGAUCCAGUCGCGGCGCUAUGCACGCGUCCAGGCCGACUCGGAGAUUGGAACAUGAAGCUCUUCCAGGACCCUCGAGCGCAUCCCAAGCUAGUAGAAGUCUUCCGCGCCUUUGGAAUGGAUGGCAGUCAAGGAAAUCCGUUCGAAGGCGCUAGCGUGCAAGAUCUCGCGUCGACCACACAGAUGGCCAAGAAUCAUGCUUCGACGAUGAAGCUGUAUGAGAUUUUGCCCAAUGAUCUCGUGGGGGACCAGCAAGAACAGUCGCAGAUUCAUCGCGAGACGCUCACCUUUCCGAGUUUCGAUGGUACGGAGCGUCAGAUGUUCGUGUUCCGUCCGGCGGAGCAGUCACGACGAGUGUUACCGGUGGUCGUAUAUUUUCAUGGGGGUGGGAUGGUGCUCACGAGCACUUCGAACAAAGUCCACGACCGAUGGUGUCAAUCGUUGGCCGUGCAAGGGGUGAUGGCCAUCUCUGUCGACUUCCGUAACGCGUACGACAACGGCAAGCACAAUGCAUUCCCCAUCGGCUUGAAUGAUUGCGCUGCUGCAGUGCAGUACAUUUAUCAACACAAAGCGGAGCUGCAAAUCAGCAACAUCAUCUUGCAAGGCGAGAGCGGAGGCGCCAAUUUAUCUUUAGCCACAGCUCUCAAAGCCAAGCGAGAAGGCUGGAUUCACCAGAUCGCAGGAGUCUAUGGCAUCGUUCCAUAUAUCAGUGGAGCCUAUGGGUGGCCGGAUGCGCGAAAACUCAAAGAGCUGCCCAGUCUGUACGAGUGUGAAGGCUACUGGCUCUACACUUCGAUGAUGGCAGGCAUGGCAUCGUAUUACUGUGGAGAAGGAGAGGAAGGAGAAAAGGCCAAGGAAACCCCUCUCGCAUGGCCAUAUUUUGCCUCAAUCGAUGACUGCAAAGGUCUUCCCCCUCAUGUGUUGGCCAUGGACGAACUGGAUCCGCUUCGAGAUGAAGGUAUGGCAUAUUAUCGAAAGCUUCUUGCUGCGGGAGUGGAAGCACAUGCGAAGGUCAAUUUGGGAGUCGUUCACGCCACAUCCCUUGUGUUUCGGAAACUGCUCCCAGAAUUUCACAAUAAUGCCAUUCGCGAUGUGACUUCCUUUGCCAAGAACUUAUAGUUGAUGAUGAUGCCGUGUAUGUACUAGUAUUACUAUCCCUGUGUGAAUUAAUGAAUACAAUUUUUUUUUUAAACUGACACCAGCACAAUGGUCAGUCACUACUGGUGAAGUCGUUCGUCCUUCGAAGCGUGACACGUAUGAAAAGGGACGCGCAUUGAGCUCGAAGUAUCUCAAUCGCAGCUUUUGGGAUCAAUACCUGGUGCCUGCAGGGUAGUUGGUCUGGGUUGUCCCAAUAAUGACCACUGCUACCUUACGUGUAGCUAGUGAGUUUCUGCCCAUUGCUUGUAAAAAUCUAGGCUCUCUGGGUUCGCAACGCUGGUACUCGUCUUGAUAUUCAGCCCGCACAGUAUCUGUUUGACUGACUUCUCAAUUUUCUUCCCAUUGGUCGUCACCGGUAUGUCAGGACAUUCGGCAACAACUCCAGGAACGUGUCUUGCAGACAGUUCUUUUCGAAUAGUUGUCUUGAUGCUUUCAACAAGUUUUGGGUCCAAAUUUCCUGGCUCUUUGAGCUUCAAGAACAGCACGACAGUCUCAUCGUCAUCGGUCUCCCGUCGUCGCCCAAUUGCGAGUGCGUCUUCGACUUCAUUCGGGAAGUGCUUCAGAAUGAUAUUGUAUAGCUCGGCCGACCCAAAGCGUACUCCAGAUGGUUUCAGCACACCGUCGGAACGGCCCAGCAUGAUGAGACCACCAGUUGCUGGAUUGAAACGAAUGAAGUCUCCGUGAUGCCAAACUCCUUCAAACUCUUCGAAAUAGCUGGCUCUGUACUUCUUCUCCCCUUCUUCGCCUUGCCAGAACAUCACAGGCUGGCAAGGGAAGGGUUUGGUACAGACCAGAUCGCCUGGCUCACCUGUCUGCGAAACAUCUUUGCCACUAAAGUCCCAAGCUUGAACCGCCAUUCCGAGCCCGAGCACCUGAAUUUCACCGAUGUAGACAGGAUGCAAAGGACAAGGGGCACCAAAUAGAGAAAUGAUAUCUGUUCCGCCUGUGAUAGACCCAAGGUUCACGGCGCCGAAGGCCCGAUAGACAUACUGAAAAGUGCUCGGUGCUAGAGGGGAGCCCGUCGAGUAUAUCGCCUUGAGAGUCUUCAGCGACAAGCCAUGUUCGCGCGGGAGGACAUUUCGCUGUUCAAGGACUGAGAGAUACUUUGCACUGGUGCCGAACUGUGUAAUACCGACUUCAUCUAUGAGCUUCGGCAUUGCAAGGUCGUCCUUAAUGCUCUGGCCCUCGGAGUUUCGAUACUGAAAUGGGCUGCCAUCGUAAAGGACGAGCGUAGCGGCUGCUGCGAGUCCCGAUACAAGCCAAUGCCACAUCAUCCAUGUACACGUCGUGAAGUAGAAGAGCUUGUCGCCAGGUCGAAUAUCGCUUUGUAGUAUAUGCUCUUUCUUGUGCUGGAGCAGAGUGCCUAUCGCUCCAUGUACAAUGCAUUUGGGGGCACCAGUGGUGCCACUCGAAUACAGGAUGUAGACAGGGUGGUCGGGCUCAAGUUGUUCAAAGUGCAAUGCCUUGAGGUCCGACUCUUGAGAAGCAAACUCCUUGUAUGUCCAUACCUUCUCCUUCAAUUCGGCAGGCAGCCCUGUCACCUCACUUCCCAUACUCUCGACAGUAUUGAAGACAACCACUCCCUUUAAGGUUGGUAAGCCUGCCACGAUAUCUUUCACUUUGGGAAGAACUGGAUGUUCCUUCGCAUUGUACAUCACAGCGUUGUCUGUGAAUAGGAUUGAAGGCUCAAUCUGUACCAUCCGAUCUAGGACGGCGCUCACGCCUGUAUCGGGACUCACAGCUGUCCAAACAGCUCCCAAUGAGCUCGCAGCCAGACUUGCGACCAACGCAUUUGUAUGAUUUGCGACAUAACCGCCAACACGAUCACCAGUCUUUAACCCUAGAGCUCGCAUGCCGCUUUGGCAAUGCCACACGCGGUCUCGAAGUUCCUUCCAGGUCACCGUCUCACGCGUGGUCUCGGUGGCAGCAAUCACGGCGGGACUGUUAUCGUCGACAUCCGGAAGAGGAAACAGCAGGUUUUCUGCAAAAUUGAGCUUUGCGCCUUCAAACCAUGAGGGACGAGGGAACAGUAUCGAGUCGGAAGAGACUACUCUGGUGUACGGCUUGGAUGUACGAACUCCCACAUAGUCCCAUAUCUCGGCCCAUGAAGCGGAUAUGUCUGAUAUGC